AAUCUCCGGGGAUGCGACAAACCUCACCUUAUAAUCCCCCCCCUCCGAACCCCUUGCUUCUAUUUCGCCCACCAGUCAUUCCAACUACCAGUCAUUCUUUUCGGAAUCCAGUCACUCGCUUACCUCCGAUUCUAUCUUUCCUGACUACAGCUCUUGUUGUCAUCUCGAGCAUUCUUUGUAUAUACCCCUUUCUACAACCCACUCGAAACGCACUCCGCACCGAACCUGCAGUCCACCGCAACACCAUGCAUCUAUCCAACCCCACACUGCUGGUGUCGCUGACAUCGCUUGCCUCGGCGAUCAGCAUCACCAAGCCGGGUCUCAAUGCCACCUACCCGGCCGGCUCCACCAUCAGCGUCAACUGGACGAGCGUCGACACCGACCCCAGCUACUUCAGCCUCUACCUGUGGAACUUCGUCUCGUGGCCGCCGACCUACGUGCCCCUGGCGCUGGACAUCCCGACCGCCGACCUGACGCACCGCGUGCAGAUCCCCUGCGACACCGACCCGGAGUGGGGCUACCAGAUCAGCGGCAUCAACGGCACCAACGUGUACAUCAUCUACGCGCAGAGCGAGAAGUUCACCGUCGCGCCGCCGGUGCAGCCUUGCUCCGACGUGACCAGUCCUUCGUCUCUCCCGGGGCUGCCGUCGCCCUCGCGCACCCCGGUGGCCGCCCCCACCUGCCCGGCCCCGGCCACGCAGACCGUUUAUGUCACGGUGAGCCCCACCGGUUCCAGCUCUGUCUUGCACCCUCACCACCACACCGAUCAUUAUGACCACCACCAUCACCAUGAUCACUCUGCUUCUUCUAUCCUUCCCGCUGCUACCCCCGCCAUCCCCGUUGCUGUUGUCCCCGUCGUGACCUCCAAAACCGUGAAACCUGGAAUCGUGCCUAAGACUAUUGGUUGGUGUUCAGACUACGCCCACCCUGUGACCCUCGGGACUGUGCCCACGCCCACGGCGGCGGUGGUGGAGGUGUCGACCGGGCUGACGACGGCGGUGGUGACGGCUGCGCCGAGUGGGGAGGGGGGUGCUGUGGUGGUGGAGACGGUGACGACGACGGUCAGUGUGGUGGGGGAGGAGUGUAAGUUCGCUUGAGG